GUAUUUAGUAUUAGCUGGAACCGAACUGUAUGAGAGUAUGACCAAUAAAUUUACGUUAUAUCUAUAGUGUCUUAUAAAUGCCGGCAUAUAAAUAGUUAUGAUAAACAAGACAUUCUGUUUGAAUAUUCAAAGUAUCAGAAGAGACAUGAAUUUGCCAUUGAUGAACUUGGUAUAAAAGGAAACAUUUGGUUUGUUGAUUAUGGCUCAAUUAGACCAAUUUCGACAAAGAAUGAGGGACCUUGUGCGAGCUCCUGUGACAGCUUUAUCUUCAAAUCCAACUUCUAAUCGUAUGGAUGGUAUUGUACCUAACAAUGAUGUGAUGUCAAUAAGUGUAGUAUCAAAACCAGCUAUGCUACAUAACAAGACCAAUAACAAAGGUCCCCAACAAAAUGUUAUCACCAAUGAUUCUCUUGCUUUAAGUGAAUCUGCCAUGCAACAACUCAAUGCAGAAGAAAUUGAAAUUCUUCAAAAAAUUGAACAACAAAAUAGACUACUGGAAGCUGAUAAGAAAUCCCUCAAGUCAGUUUCAAGUGAGGGUGGGCAUUCUGAGUCACGACGAAGCAGCAACGGUUCGGCCUCACCAACCUCAAUGCACAGCGCUGGUAACGAUACAAAUAGCAACCAAUCAAACGACACGGAUAAUAAAACAUGGAACUUAUGGGGGAAGAUUGUAAAUAAUUGGAAUGAUUAUCAGAAGAAGAAUGGAAAACAACUGAAGGAAAUGAUUCGAAUGGGGAUUCCCCAUCAUUUCCGAGGGUUGGCAUGGCAACAUCUGUGUAAUGCUCACUGUUCAACUUUCAAAGAGAAAUAUUCUGAACUUCUUCGACAAAAUUCACCGUCAGAAAAACUCAUAAGACGCGACAUCGCACGCACGUAUCCUGAGCAAGAGUUCUUUAAAGAUAAAGAUGGAAUUGGACAAGAAGUUUUAUUUAAUGUUAUCAAGGCAUACUCCUUGGUUGACCGUGAGGUUGGUUACUGCCAAGGCAGUGCGUUCAUAGUUGGUUUACUCCUCAUGCAAAUGCCUGAGGAAGAAGCAUUUGCUGUGUUUGUCUGCCUCAUGAAAGAAUAUCGACUGCGCGAGCUUUUCAAACCAUCCAUGGCAGAACUAGGGCUCUGUAUGUACCAGUUGGAGAAUAUGCUACAGGAGCAAGCCCCGGAUCUCUUCACUCACUUCCAAGCACAAGGUUUCCACAACUCCAUGUUUGCAUCACCGUGGUUUCUUACUUUUUUCGCUACAACCUUUGACCUCAACCUCGCUUCUCGUGUCUUAGAUGUAUUUAUAUCUGAGGGCAUGGAGAUCAUAUUUCGACUUAGCUUAGCUCUCUUGUUGAGCAGUGAAAAGGAGUUGCUUGCAAUGGACAUGGAGGGAAUGUUGAAACUCAUUACCAAAGAUCUUCCAAACUUUUACAACAAGGAUCCAAAUCUUUUGUUCCAGCGAGCGUUUGCUCUCGUUAAAUACAAUCCAAAGAAAGUUAAACGAUUAGAGAAGGAGUACAUGACGAUGAGGAACAAGGAACAGGAGGAGCAAGUUGAGAUGAGGAGGUUGAGAACCGAGAAUCGGUUGCUACGACAACGACUUGAUGAGCUUGAAGCAGAAAACGGACAACUUGCUGAUAAAUUGAUUCAGGAUCGAGUAAACCGAGCAUUAGAAGCGGAAGAAAAGAUCAUCAUGGGUAAGGAGCUGAGUAUUGCGAAGAGACAAGCAAGACUAGGGAAGAAGAUCAACAGCCCUGCAUCCCAGGAUGAAGAAACCAACCCCCCCAGCAGCCCACAGCAUUCCGAAACUUUCAUCAUGCAUUUACAACAACAGCUUGUGCAAGCUAAACUACAAGAAGCUGAAGCUGCUUCUACCAUUGUUGAACUUCAGGAUAAGUUAUGCGAUCUCCGUGAGAAAAAUCGUGAGCUUGUCGAUCAAUCGAAGGUGACCUCCCUCCAGGAGGAGCUGAUCGCUGUAAAGAUGCGGGAAGCUGAAUCCAACCUCUCAAUGAAGGAACUUGCUCAUAAACUUCAUCAAUUGGAGGAUAACUGGCAGAAACACAUGUCACGCAUGGCUAAUUCACGUCGCACAACACUGACGAGUUCGAAACAACACAAGGUUGCACUACAGGAGCUGCAAGAAGAAGUUUUAUCUGCCAGGUUCCGGGAGACGAAGUUAAGUGCCGAACUUGCUGAGGGACGACAUCGGAUCAUGGAACUUGAAACUGCGAACCAAGUGUGCAACUCCCAGCUCCGAAGAUCAGAUGAAGACCGAUGUUUACACAAGGAGAGAAGUAGGGUUGCUGUUGAUAACGAGAGAGUUUUACGACAGGAGUUGAAUGAAGUGUCGGCACGUCUUGCUCAUACUGAAAGCAAGAACCAAGAAGCUUUGAUGUCCUUAAGGUUACGCGAAGCCGAUAGUUCAAUGGAGAUGGCUGAGUUAAAACAAGAAAUUUCAAGCUUAAAAGUCAAGUUAUCCGAGACGUCCAGGUCCCAACCAAACCUCACAGGUUGUAAUGGUGACUCCACCGAUUCAAGCGAGAUUAUCCACCAACUACAGCGGAAAGUUUUAAAGCAGCAGCGGAUGAUUGACAGCUUGAGGUCACGGGAAGGUCACAUGACAGCAUCGAGUUCGGAAUGCAGUGAUGAUGGAGACUUAUUGUUCGACGCAACGAUAACGUCGCGCGAUUCACCACUUUUAAUCGACACUGAAGGCUUAACUGUCAUGGGUGACGCAGAAUUAAACUUAAAUAAAGAUAUUUUAGUUCUAGAGUAAGUUCUUGUCUAGCUAGCAUCAAAAUAUACCAAAAGUGCAAUAACCUGUGUAGAAUAUUUCCUACUAUUGUAUCGAACAUUCAGUAUGUCCAGGCACCGGUAUAUUAAAAAUAAUUUCAUGAUUUUAAUUUAACAAAAGUCACAUUCCCACUAACCUACUAACUGCUAGAUUAUUAUUAACCCCCCAAAAAUAAUUUUAAAUUGCGAUAAUUUUUUAUUAAUUUUUAAAAAUUUGGUUGACAAGUUUCAUUUGCUAGUAAAUUAUUCAGUUCUAUUUUCAUUUUUCUAUAUUCCCCUUAAGAGCAUUUUCAACCACUAUUAAACCAUAUAACCUGCUUUCAUGCACCGCAAUGCAAAAUCUGCACUAUCAAAUGCACUAUAUAACCGACCAAAGAACAUUUUGAUUUCUUUAAAAAAAUGGAUUUGUGACUUUUGUUUCUUAAUUGUUUCUGUUACAAAUUUAUUGCACAACAGAUUUUUCAACGUGUUUAAAUCUUUUGUAAAAUUUGUUGAUUGUUUUUUGCUUGCAUUUUAAAUUCAAAUGUUCUCAUUGACUGUGUUUUUGGAUGGAAAACUCCAUUUGGACAUCAGCAUGUGCCAAUCUAUUUGCUUGAUAGAAUGUUUUAAAGUUAUAAGUGAAUUUAUAUAAAGCAGUACUUCACUGCAGGGAUAAUAUGUACGUGCGUACAAUCACUUUUAUAUUGAACUAAUUGCUUCCAUACUCUUGGCCUGUUUUGUUAUUUCUUGCUGCAUUUAUUUCACAUUUUUGAUUCUUUUCCUUGCCCAUAGAUAGCAAUACCUUUUUUUGGUGCAUUACAACAGUUGCAUAAGUAUUUUAUUCCGACACUUCUGCGGAAUUGAUAAAGUAUUACCCCCUUCAUUCCAGCUACAGGCACUUCUCAUUUAAUCACCACAAAUUUGAAGGUAAACCUUGUGUAUAGUACACUCACCACAUAUAACAUGUUGAUUUUGUAUCAGGGUGAUUAACAAAAUAAAUAUGUAGAAGCUUUC